AUGGAAGUGUAUGACGACAGGCCAGUGAGUGUCUACGACAAUUUAAAAACACCGCCGACUAGCAUACACACAAGCACACCGAAAGCAGUGAAAAGUGUUAAUACAGUAGCAGCGCCAACUGCGUCACCAUUACCACCAUUAACAGCACGCGGUGCAGCAACAAAACCAACAGGAACUAACGCAGCGAAUAGAGCAACAAGCUCACCCAUUUACGCCGAGAUCGCAUUCAAGUUUAAUGACAAUAAACAGCUAACAAAUCGAGAGUCACAACAACCGCUUUUACAGCAGCAAUCAACGCUUCCGUGCUUAAGUCAGCCGGCAAAGCAAUCGGUGGCGACGUCAAACUUCACUGACCAGACCACACCAACACUGCGAUUUGCAAUAAAUACAACACCAGUAUUAAACAGCGGCAGCAAUAACAACUACCACACUAACAGCAAUAAUCAUCGAUCAACAACACAAGCGCAAGCGAACACGUCAAUUGCAAUGCCAGCUCUAACGCCAAUUGCAACUACGGCCACGCCAACGGCGCCGGCUGCAGCAGCGGCUCGGAAUGCAAGUGCAGCACAGAGACCGCUUAGUCAGCACUCGCAAUCGGAACUUAACGAAGCCAGUCAGAGUAUAGCCGCGGUGAAAGCAGCAUUAAAUGAUGCUAAAUCGAAGUUUUUUGGCUUAAAUGGUUAUGCCACUCAAGACCACCAACACACAAAUACGCCUCAGAACAAUAGUAACAGCUUGGUGCAUACCCCCAAUAUAACGAACAACACAAACGAAUCUCGGUUAAGGGAACAAACAUCCACGCCUCAUCUACUCAUCGACAGACAAUUUCCAAAAGUACAAAUCGUGACAACAGCCCCCACACCGCCACCAAAGAGCCAGCCCAAAUAUCAGAACAUACCGGCGAAUAGCGCCAUAUUUCGCAGAAACGAAGUUGCACCACCUGAACUGCCGCCUAAACCAGUCGAUGCGAUUGCAACACCGUCAAGAAUGACCGCCACAACACCGCCCACUCAACCUGACGGCGUCGUUUCAACAUCACCCAAUUCAGCUGUGUUUUCAUCAAACUCUGCACAUUCAACGACACCAUCGCCACCGCCAACGUCUCCGCUAGAUGCUGGCAAGAUAUCGUUGUCAUCUACACAUGCCGCCUACAAACACAUACCGUUAAAUGACAUUGACACCACGCAGCCAUCACAAAAAUGUGGUAGUUGUUGCGGCGGAAAUGCAUAUACUAUUGGUGAUAAGCAAGGCGAGCUCCUGAAGUCAAUUGGUUCCACGUCCAAACUUCUCACAGAAUCCAUCGGCGAGCGUGUUGCACUCAAAGCCAAGGGCGUCAAAAAUAAAUUUGACAAGAAUUUCAGCAAUAUCAGCAGCGAAACCGCGAAUCGUUUACGUAGCGUUGGAAAAAACUUCAAUACAAAUUUUACGCUGACCAAAAAAGACAAGGAAAAACCUAAGGAAAUCGCCACAGCACAAUUUCACACCGGCCGCCCACAAACACUGCCACCUAACGAUCAAGUCUUCGGUUCGAUCUCAUUCACCAGCCCGCUAAACCGCAAAGCGGACGCCGUCGAGGAUCUUUCCGCCAGCACUGCCGAUUGUUCAUAUGAUUUGCCGCGUAGCUUGAAAUUAACGCGUAGUGAUCUCGAUUUACCUUCGCCGCCCUCUUACGAAGACGCCUUGAAAACUGCGCCACAACCGGCAUUCGAGCGUAACGCGCCUGUAAGUAAGUCGCUCAUGGUGCCUAAACAUAUUGCCGCCGAGGCAGCUAAUGUAGCGCUGAAGAAGCAACGUAGCAAUGCCAGUCUGCAAAAUGUUGCAGAAGAAGAGAGCGCCACGGGCAGUAGUUCAGUUGCGAAUUCGCGUGAUUCAUUAGAUUUUCCCUCGCCACCAAUGCCAACUUUUCCACCACCCGCACUACCCAAGGAAGUUGUAACCGACAUUACGGAUGGGCUGUACGGCAAACUCAAGCCCAUACAGCCACCACAGCGAUUGAAGCGACGCAAGAAUUAUGAAGAGAUUCAAUUGCGGCGCGUAGUGGAGAAUCCAUCGCCCGUGGGCGGAGCUUCACUGCGGCCAAAUGUCGACUCUGCUGAGCUACAUCAACUCAAUAUGGAAGUUGCGGCAUCUGAACGCGAAGAAUCUAUGCUGUUGCGUAAGCAGAUACUGGCAGCGGAAAACCAAAUGCCGAAGCCGGAUCGCAGUGAGUCGUGGGAGUAUUUUGCGGAUAGCGUGGAAGAGAGCGUGUGUUCAACGCCUGAGCCUGUGUAUGCUAAUGAUGAGGCCACAUAUGGUCGAGUUUUCGAAAUGGCCUCGAGCAGUAAACCUAAUUCCUCCCAAGUUCAGCCAAGACCGGUUGAGUUAGUGGAAGGCGCUGUAGGUGGCUGCGUAAAGCCGCCAGUGGAAGUUAUUAAAGAAUUUGAUCCGCUUUUGAGUCGCAAAGCCGCAACGAUAUGCAAUUCGGAUAAGAGUAAUCAGCUUUUGUUACUGGAACAUCUGCUGGAAGAGGACAUAUAUGGCACUGUUUCGGGAGAUCAAGUGAAAUCUGAUGACGAUAUUAGCAUGUGCACGUCGGAAGAAGACAAUCAAACUGCCACUGCGGUCAUCACCACGGCUGUAGUCUCCCAAGAUCCCACGCCAGCAACUGUGGUUUUGCCUACACCAACGAAUGCUAAGCCCACCAAUAACACUAACGAAGCUGGUAGUCAACUACGAAUAGUGCAUCAAAAUGCCCACUUACUUUCAGAGAGUACAGAGAAUAUGCUGGAUGAUAAUGAGGCGCGCGUCCGGCCCUACUUGAGUCGACUCGAAGAGCAGCCAGCCAGUGGCAGAAAUAUUGACUUGGCACGCGCUUCUGAAAAUCGCACUCAAUGGUUUGUGCAGGACAAUAAAGAAAACAAAGAGCAGCAACGUCGAAAUCCCUUUAACAAGCUGAACAUCGAAGGUGAUGGACCACCAUCCUACUUGGAGGCCAUUGGCGUCGAGGAUCGACCUUCGCUCACGGCUAAUGAACAAAAAUCGCGUGCAUCGCGUUUUAUGAAUACUAUGAACGUAUUUUCGACGAACGUAAAACAGCGUGUGGGUGCAAUCACGCGUAAGGGUAGCUUCAAGGUAGCCGCAAAAUCCGAUUUGAAGGUAACGCUACAAAUGGUGCCACGCCCUACGCUUUCACCAUUGCUCGUACGCUACGAAGGACCGCUGAUACGCUUUCCUUCAGGUGUUGUGGAAGACAUACUCAAGGAGAUGCAAAAUCGUAAAGCUAUUUUACGCGAUCGCCAAUUUCAGACAUUCCUCGACCAGGAGAUGAAGACGCCCAAAGAGAGCAUUCCACUGGAGUACAUUACAACGCUGCAAUGUGUGAGCAAUAGUCGCGUAACAGAUAAUUCAACACAUUUUUAUUGCUUUGAAAUAACCAUGUCAGUGCCGAAAAACCAACCGAACUCGAGCAACGUGCAGGCAAUGUCGAAUCCGAACCUCGUUAUGACGAGUACGUCAUCGGGCAACUGUAAACAUCAGCGCGUAGCACACCUAUACGGUGUGAGCAAGGAAUCGGAAAGAGGUGUUUGGAUGCAAAAGCUUUUAGAGAGUCUGACCAAUACUAUACCACCGAAAUAUGCCUGCCAUUACUAUCGCGCAGGCUGGUGUUAUUUGAAAAACUCAAUCACUUCCGAAUGGAGCGGCACCUGGCUGGUGUUGAAGAAGAAUCAAAGACGUUUAAUAUUUGUGAGUGAAGCUGCUGGAAAUGUCGAGAAGAUGGAUCUGCGCAAAGCUCGUUGCAUAGUGCUCAAAGACAGCGACGAAACAAUUCGUAAUCUGCAUGUAGAGUCUGGUCCCACACUCAUGAUCGAUUGUCCGCCCUUUACGGUGUACAUGAUUAUGUCCUCACCGCGCGAAACUAAAAUUUGGCGGCAUAUUAUACGUGAAGUGGCACACAACAAUGGCUUCUCUCUGAUCGAUCAGCAGUUGACCAAGUUCAAUGUGCCCGUCAUUGUGGAUAAGUGCAUCAAUUUUGUGUACAUACACGGCUCCAUGUCGGAAGGCAUCUAUCGCAAAUCAGGCUCUGAAAAUUCUAUUCUUAAACUUUUGUCAGCCUUCCGAGCGGAUGCCUUCAAUGUGGAGAUUACACGUAACGAAUAUAAUGAGCACGAUGUGGCUAACGUUUUGAAGCGUUUCAUGCGCGAUCUUCCCGAGCGCCUAAUGGGCAAACUUUCCGAGAGUUUCAUGUGUGUGACUGAGCUUACUAAACCUGCGGAGAAGAUAGAAGUAUAUAAAGAAUUACUUGCACGUUUGAGCGUGAUAGAACGGGAGACUCUCAAGAAAAUUGUAGGACAUUUAGCAUUUAUUAGCUCGCAGAAGGCGAAGAAUAAGAUGAGUACGAAAAAUUUGACAAUGAUCUGGGGUCCAACGCUGCUGCAGAAUCACCAGCAGGAAGAAAUGGUUUACUCGCAGAAGGAAGCUGAUGUUCUAGCCGAUUUGAUAACGCUUUACAAACAUUUAUUCCCACUAUCGCCAGAGGAAGUAACAAAGGAACAAGAGAUGUUGAUGUGCUUACAAAAGUAUUACGCGGCGGCUGAAACGCUGACAGAUUCAGUGAAAAAGUCUGGGGACCUAAAGAUGUGGGUAGUACUUAACCCCAGACCAGAGAACACCAAGGAAGAAAAAGUUCAGGUGAACGUUACAAUCACACCCACCCGCACCGCCUACGAUAUCUGUCGCGAGCUGGCGUCUAAAAUGCAAUUUUCAACCCAUCAAGUAUCCCUGCACGAAGUCAUACUAAACGACAGCCUGGAGCGUCCACUUCACCAUGACACAAAAGUAUUCGAUGUUGUCCUCAACUGGUCGUAUUGGCCCGAAGAUGAUCGUAAAAAUAAUUACCUAGUUGUGAAACCUAUUGAUACUUUGCGUGAAGUUCAACGUGCCGUUAAGAAUCUGGCAACGGUGACCCCGGGAAAGGAGUUGAAAUUUGCUGAUUAUCGCACAAAAUCCUUCAAAUCAUUUCUAUGCGAGUUGCGUGACGGUAAAAUUGUGAUAUCGAAGAAAGACAAAAACGAAAAAACCACCAUCGUACGAGAGAUCUUCCUGCAUAGCACUACGGCGUACUUGGGUUGUGAGAAGAAGCGCGACUUUCCAUGGAGUUGGGCAAUUACGUUCGUGGAGCGUACACAAACGCAGAUACUGAGAUCACGCGAUUCACCCUUCAUAGGACAUGUGCUGGCUGGCAGUGAGUGGGUCGAUCGUACAAUAUGGUUCUCUAGCAUUUGGUAUAGUUUAUAUGGCGAUAGCAUAUUGCCACCGGCAGAAAUCAUAAUGAAGUGAAGGAUCUGUUUUUUUUUUUUUUGCAUAAGUAUAGAUUAAACACAUAUACAUACAUGCAUACAUUUCGUUAGAGAAAUAUUCACAAACGAAAUAUUAACACCAUCAUUUAGUAUCUGGGCAUCAUGAUCAAUUUAUUGAGCAUUUAAAUUUGCAUUUCAUUCUAUUAAUUUUAGUUUUUAAUAUCAAAAUGGUUGGUAUCAUAUUGUACUUGCCAUAUACUGCAUUGUUAAAUAGUACUACAUGAAUAUUAUGCAUACAUAUGUAAACAUUUUUUGAAGAUUUUACAAUUGUUUUAAUACAUUUUCAUUAGACUCGUAUGUAGGGGUUGUAUGUUAGGUAAGCAAAAAUUUCAGAUAUUUUAUAUUAAAGUCAUUGUAGGUUUAGUGGGUAAUCAAUUUUGAAAAUAUGUACUACAUAAAAUGUUGUAUGUCAAAGUUAUUAUUUUUCAUGAACAUACAUA